AUGGGGAUGCCCACAGAAGCUAGUGGCAGCAGCGGCAUAUCGCGUAAAAGAGACGGGACAUGCCCCAAGGCUUCAGAUCGCAAUGGUAACGUGAAGACUUGCAUCACGGCUGUGUCCCAGGACCCGGACUACAGAGCGUUGCCGAGCCUGGCGCUGGACAGAAUACGGAGUUCGGAGAGACUCUCCUCUGCAGUCUUGGUGGGGUCUCUGUCGGUCUUUCUCGCCCUGGCGGUUAAACUCGUGAACUGGGGCUGUGAGCUCGGCGACAGAAGCGAUAGCAGACAGUCCGCGUCUCCCGUCAUUUUCACGUCCAGCUGCGCGGGGGAGCUAUUGCUAACUUGGUGGCAUCUGCUUUCCACGGUCGUCACCCUCCUUUGUGCCUUCUUCUGGGUCGGUUUGCGUCUGGUCCGCUGCGGGGUCCCGGUCCAAAGCGUCGUUUUUCUGCUGACCGCCUGCCAUCUGGGCGAAGCGGCGGCGCAGGCGCUCCUGCACGGGGCGGAGGAGCAGUUGCUCUCGUUCACUUCGACCGCGGUGGUGCUCGCCUGCCUGGCGAGCGGAGCACUGAUGGUGGCGAAGCUCGAGCACGGGAUCUCCGUCAUCGUCUUCAUCAGCGUCGUCAGGACGGUCUCCAUAAUCUCGCUGAGCAAAGUGCGGGCCAGUUGGAGACCUUACUUGGCGUACGUCGUCGGGGUGCUCGGCGUCUUGUUGGCGAGGUAUGCCGACAAGCUCCUGCCGAACCAAACGGUGCGGAGGGAGGGCUGUGCCUCCGUGACCGGGGCAAAGGAAGAUAUCCCGGUGUUUAAAAGGCGGAGGAGAUCCAGCCUGGUCAUUUCCUCGGACAUGGCUCACGGACAGUCGAGCAGCAAGACGCGCCGGCGUACCUCGCUCCCCUGCAUUCAGCGGGACCAGACGCUGUACCAGUCUGAGCCGGACCACAAGCGGGGCCCUCGGAUGUCCCAGUCCCUGGGCCCCAGCGUGACGGUGGACGUGGGCGUGAUGGACGAGGCCCACGGCCUGAUCAGCACCCUGCUGUCAGACCCGUCCCUCUCCCCGAACACCUGCACCUCCCUGCGGGCCGUCAGCAACCUGCUGAGCGCCCAGCUCUCCCCCCCGGCCCCGGCCCCGGCCCGGCCCCGCGGCAACACCAUCGCCACCUGCAUCGACGCCUGCUCCGACUCCGACGACGGCAACGGCCUGGACCGCGGAGAGAGGCUGGCCAUCGCCAAGCGUCUCAGGCGGAGCCUCCCUCCAGGACUCCUGCACAAGGUCUCCUCCUCCUGGACCACCACCACCUCCGCCACAGGCCUCCCAGCCCUGGAGCCUGGACCGGUGCGCAGAGACAGGACCUCCAGCAUCAAACUGGCCCACGAGUGCUCCACCUGCAGCUGUGGGCGGACCUAUGCCAAAGUGAGCCACGGGGAGGGGUCAGUGGACAGGGCCCACAGGACAAAAGACCCGGCGAUGACGUCGUCUGACUACGACAGCACCUACGAGACCAACAACAGCGACAGCAGUGAUGUCACGCAGAACGACGACGAGCCCAGGACCGCCAGGAAGCCCCCAGAACCACAGGAGGGGUGCAGGGCCUGCCCGUCCGAAAACAGCGGCCUGCACCCCUUCCUGCUCUCAGGGGAAGAGCCCGUCCUGGCCCCUGAGCCCCUGGUGAUGGCGGAGCUGGAGCCACUGAUGAGCCAGCUCAACAACUGGAACUUCCCCAUCUUCCGCCUGGUGGAGAAAACGCACAGCGACGGGGGCCGCAUCCUCAGCCAGGUUGCUUACAGGCUGUUUGAAGACACCGGGCUUUUCGAGACGUUUAAGAUUCCCGCGCGGGAGUUCAUGAACUACUUCCAUGCCCUGGAGAGCGGGUACAGGAACAUCCCCUACCACAACAGGAUCCACGCCACCGACGUUCUGCACGCGGUCUGGUACCUGACCACGCAGGCCGUCCCAGGGCUGCCCGCCCUCGCCAACGACCAAAGCUCCGCCAGCGAUUCCGACUCGGACAGCAGCGGCGGCACACAGGGGCACAUGGGCUUCCUGCGUUCGCGGACGCUGGCGGUGUGCACGCAGGGCUACGGCUGCCUGUCAGGCCUGGUCCCCGCCCUGGAGCUCAUGGCCCUGUACGUGGCGGCCGCCAUGCACGACUACGACCACCCCGGCAGGACCAACGCCUUCCUGGUGGCCACCGGCGCCCCGCAGGCGGUCCUGUACAACGACCGCUCGGUCCUGGAGAACCACCACGCGGCGGCCGCCUGGAACCUGUUCAUGUCGCGGCCCGAGUACAACUUCCUGCGGCACCUGGACCAUGUGGAGUUCAAGCGCUUCCGCUUCCUGGUCAUCGAGGCCAUCCUCGCCACCGACCUCAAGAAGCACUUCGACUUCCUGGCCCAGUUCAACGCCAAGGUUGGGGAGGACGGGGGCCCGGGCAUCGACUGGGCCAAUGAGAACGACCGGCUGCUGGUGUGUCAGAUGUGCAUCAAGCUGGCCGACAUCAACGGGCCCCUGAAGAGCCGCGAGCUGCACCUGCAGUGGACCGAGGGCAUCGUCAACGAGUUCUACCAGCAGGGGGAUGAGGAGUCGAGCCUGGGCCUUCCCAUCAGCCCCUUCAUGGACCGCUCGGCGCCCCAGCUGGCCCGGCUGCAGGAGUCCUUCAUCACGCACAUGGUGGGUCCGCUCUGCAGCUCCUACGACUCCGCCGCCCUCAUGCCCGGCCGCUGGGAGGAGGAGGAAGAGGAGGAGCAGGAGGAAGAGGAGGUCAACUCCGCAGAGGCCUCCCGGAGCGGGGCGAAGAAGCAGCGGAAAGUGUUCUGCCCGAUGACCCGUCACCUGCUGGAGAACCACAGGAUGUGGAAGGGGGUGAUCGCCGAGGAGGACCCCGAACGGGAGGAGGAGGAGGAGGAGGAGGGAGGUCGCCACGGCAACCCCGGCGAGCCCAACCCGGCCAUUCACGAGGAGGAGGAGGAGGAGGAGGGGCCGGGGAGCGAGGGGACGGAGCCUGCGGGGGAGCCCGUGUCUGAAACCGGCGAGGAAGAGGAGGGGCAGCCGCAAUGA